AUGACAACUAAAAACUUGGCAAUCGCAACAUUACUGUACUCUCCAGAUUAUUUGCCAGGUACUUUUACCCUGGGCCAUCAAUUAAACAAGCUACUAAAGGAAGCAGAUAAAGAGCAACAAAUUUCUACGUGUUUAUUAAUUACAAAGCCCUUAUUUCAGAAUGUGUUGAGUGACUUUGCAAGGGAAAUGUUAAGUUCUUUAUAUAAAGAAAUUAUUCAAAUUGAACCGCUAAGUGACAACGAUUCUAUCAUUGAAAGUAAUAAUGAGAAUUUAACAUUAUUGAAAAGACCAGAAUUAUCAUUUGCAUUAGUUAAGACAAGAUUGUGGGAACUUACACAGUUUGAUCAAGUACUAUACUUGGAUAGUGAUACUUUACCAUUAAAUGUUGACUUUCUAAACUUAUUCAGUGAGCUUUCGGAACAAACCAAAUAUCAAUUAGGUGCCUCUCCUGAUAUCGGCUGGCCAGAUAUGUUUAAUAGUGGUAUGAUGAUGUUGGUUCCGGAUUCUGAAACUGCCGUAGCUUUACAAAAAUUUGUCAUCGAUGAAGUUUCUAUCGAUGGGGCUGAUCAAGGUAUUUUAAAUCAAUUCUUCAAUGAAUACUGUCGGAAUCCAAAAGAAGAUUCUAUCACUGAUUCUUCACAAAGAGAGUGGAUUAAGCUAUCAUUUCUUUAUAAUGUUACUACACCAAAUCAUGGUUAUCAAUGCCCACCUGCUAUGAAACAUUUUGGCCCACAAAUAAAACUGAUCCAUUUCAUUGGUAAAAACAAACCUUGGAGAGGUGGUUUCAGAAAUCACUAUUCGAGUCGUUGGAUGGACACGUAUGAAGAAUUUCAAGGGGAACAUGAUGUCACCAAUCGUCUCUCUACAAUUAGGUUAAGUGAUGAUGAAAGAGCUUCUGAGCCACAACAAGAAAUCCAAGCAGAACAUCAAGAAUAUGAGAAACCGGUAGAAAGUGUAGACCAAAAUAUUAAAUUGGAAAACUAUGUUCAAGAAGAAUGUGUAGAACCUAGUACGAUUUCUCAGAAGGAACGAACCCAAGAAGACAACGAAGAGUCAGCAGUCUCUUUCAGGAACUCUGAAAGUCAAAGUAACAACACGGAAAUUCAACCCGAGGAACCACCUGUAUUCAUCCCAUUGGAUUUCAAAGAAUGGUUGACUACGUUUAUUAAUAAAGAGAAGGACGAAAAGGAUGAAAAGGAACAAGCUGUUAGAAUGCCAGAAUAUAAUGAUGGCGCAAAUUCCGAAAUGCAAUCGGUGGACGAAGAAGAUUCUCUAGAAAUCAGUGAAGAAAUCCAACAAAAGGAAGAGAGUCGAGAAGAAGAAGAAGAAGAAGAAGAAGAAGAAGAGGAGGAGGAAGAAUUACAAGACUUGAAGGAAGAUGAAGAACUUGAAACGAUAGAGGAAGAACAAAGUGUCGAGGAGCCGGAAUCCUCCACUACAAAAGAAGAAGACAUUUCUGACACCAGCUGUGUUGAAGUUCCACCGGCAGAAAUUGUGGAAGAAAAAAAGGUAAUCUCCGUACAACAAGCUAAUCCGGAGGAUAUAGAAACUUCAGAUGUUGCACCAACACAAUCUGAACCUGAAAUCAAAAGCCAAAAUCAAAAUCAAAUGCCAAAUUUCAAAUUCGACUGGGAGCAAUCAGAUUAUCUCUCACAUGUAGAAAGAAGUUUCCCAGAUAAUAUUUUUGAAUAUUCUGUUGAAUAA